GAUGACGUAGCGUCUGAUUCAUAUUACCCAUAAGUCAUUUCGAAAGAAAAUGUCUACCAUGGACAGUGGGGACAUAAAUGACUAAAGAAGAAGAAUCCGCUUCCAUCUUGGUUGCGUUUACGAGUAUGAGCUAUAGAUGCCUGUAGUCAGCAUGAACGAAACUUCUUGGGACGAUAGCCGGGCAAUGCUGUCACAUGGCAGCCUCGCCAACAUGCGACAAAGUAACCACAUUUCGAAGGAUGAUGCUGGAGUAAGCUACUUCUUUCAAAGACCCCAAGAAUCCAACGAUCCUAGCAACUAUUCGAAUAAGAAAUGGGCAGUGGGUGAUGACAGUGUUCUUGACCAGGGUAGAGGUAUGACUGUACAAGAGUUGGAGAGGAAUAUGCACACCAUGUCUCUUGAACGAGAGCAAAGUAAGAAAUUGGGCUGGGAUAUGGGAGGUGGCGAUGUUAGUAAACAGGACCAGAACCAAGCCAUGUUCCAGAAUAACCCAUGGAACAGGCCACGUGAUGAUGGUGGCUGGAACCAGGCACC